AUGAGUAUAUUCGGUCAACUUUAUUGUGAUCUCAAGCCGAAGUUGACUCUUUGGGACCUGAAAGAUGGUCACAAGGUGGCCGGCACUUCCAGCCGAUCUGUAGCACCGCUGUUUUUGCAAGACCAGCAGAGUCUCAGCAGACCGGCAGAGAGUCCCAGCAGACCAGCAGAGUCUCAGCAGACCGGCAGAGAGUCCCAGCAGACCAGCAGAGAGUCUCAGCAGACCAGCAGAGAGUCCCAGCAGACCAGCAGAGAGUCUCGGCAGACCAGCCAAGAGCCUCGGCAGACCAGCCGAGUCUCGACACUUGUGUGGUCGUUUCAGGUCUCUGCACAAUACAACUUGGGACACGGUAUACAAAGAGAAAUUUUCUUCUUGAAUUUAGAAGACGGAUAUUUCGGCUGUCAAGUGAACGAGUCGAAGGAGAUCCUCCAGCUUUUUGAGUUAUCCAAACUCUGUGAUGGAUCCCCGAACUGCUUCUUGGCUUCUGAUGAAAACAUACAAGAACUCAAAUGCUCAAAUGACUGCCCCUACACUCAGGGAUAUCAGUGUGUAAAUGGAGCGUGUCUGCAGGGCAACUGUCACUGCAAUGACGGCUUCGGCGGUUGCGGGUGCGAAACUCCCGCUCCGCUUCAGAAGCUCUGCUCCUCAUACACGCUCUGCUCAUCUUCUUUAUCGCUGCUAAAUGUUAAGAGAUAUUCUGAGGAAAAUCCCGUAGUGCACACGAUUAGCAGCACCUCGACAGCCGUAACCUACGUGCACGGUCACACUUUGUUGGGUGCGAUUCAAAGUCUUGACGAGAACGAGUGCAAGUACCGUCCGUGUGACGUGUUCGCCUCGUGCACCAACACGCUGGGGUCCUACUUCUGCACCUGCUUCCCGGGAUACACGGGGGAUGGCGCCACGUGUCAGGACAUCGAUGAGUGUCAAGACCCAGCGGUCGCAGGGCGCUGUGUGGAUAACGCCUGGUGCUGCAACCUGCCCGCGCACUACACAUGCAAGUGUAAUGACGGAUACACCGGCGACGGAUACGUUCAGUGUGCAGACAUCAACGAGUGUCUGAACCCCGCCGCGUGUGGACUCAACGCCAUCUGCACCAACAACCCUGGCAACUACACGUGCUCGUGCCCUCCGGGAUACAUUGGCAACCCGUACACUGGAUGCGCAGAUAUGGACGAGUGCAGCAGACUGGGCGCGUGCGGUCCUGGGGCGCUCUGCACAAACAUCAUCGGGGGGCAUCAGUGUGUCUGUCCAUCCGGCCUAGAAGGGGACCCUUACUCCUCUAUAGGCUGCAUCGACAUCAACGAGUGCGCGAGUUCGCCGUGCGCGGCUGGCGCGCGCUGCGCCGACGGCCGCAGCAACUACACCUGCGCCUGCCCCCCUGGCUUCGUCGGCAACCCAUACAACAAAUUCUCAUCCUGCAGAGACGUGGAUGAGUGCCAAGAUCCUCAAUCGGACGUGACUGCAGACGCUGAAGUGGAAUCAACGGCGCAAUUAAUAAGAACUGCCCAAAGUCUAAUUGAGGGAUCUGGUUCAGAAGAAAACCCUGCUAUUGAUGACCAAAUAACCCCUACUAACUGGUCCUACCCUUGCGGAACCAAUGCCCUCUGCCAUAACGUGCCUGGCUCAUUUAAGUGUCAAUGCCCAAGAGGAUACUCAGGCAAUGCCCAGAGCAUUUGCUACGACAUCAAUGAAUGUGGUCGCCCAGGAGUGUGUGGGGCGAAUGCCCAAUGCAUCAACACAGAGGGCUCUCAUAAAUGCGUCUGCCCUCAAGGGUUUGACGGCGAUCCCAUACUUGGAUGCACCAACAUCAACGAGUGCGCGUCGAACCCGUGCGGGCUGAACGCCCAGUGCCUGGACAAGAUGGGGAGCUACGCGUGCAUCUGUAAAGCAGAGUACACGGGAGACCCCUACACUGCCUGCACCGACAUCGACGAGUGCUCGGUGCUGAGCAACCCCUGCGGCACCAACGCCGUCUGCCAGAACACCGACCCGGGCUUCCAAUGCGUGUGUCCUAAGGGCUUCAGGGCUCGGUCGUCCCCGCAUGUUGCAUGUGAACAGUAUGACGUGAGCGUUCAGUGCCUUACUAACUUCGACUGCGUGAACAACGCUCGCUGCGUGGAGGGACAGUGCUUCUGCCAGGACGGCUUUGAGGCGGCGGGUGCAGAGUGUCGCGAUGUGGACGAAUGUUUGUCAUCACCAUGCGGCAGCAACGCGCACUGCCGCAACAUACCCGGCAGCUAUGUUUGUGCCUGCGAUGUAGGAUACAUCGGCAGCCCUCCUCAAACUAAAUGCAAAGCUCCUUGUGAAGGCUACAAUUGCGGACCACACGCUAAGUGUCGCCCCGACGGGGAAGAGGCGAUGUGCGUGUGCGACCAGGGCUGGAGCUACAACCCUGCAGACAUCGCAGCGGGAUGCCAAGACGUGAACGAAUGUUCGACCGAGUAUGGGCCUUCAGGACAAUGCGGAGAGAACGCUCUCUGCGUCAACUCUCUGGGCUCGUUUUCAUGUCAGUGUCCCCCAGGCUUCGGAGGAAACCCACUCUCCAGAUGCCAAGACAUAGACGAAUGUCGCCUUGGUAACUCCUGUGGCUACGGAGCAAUUUGUACAAACACUUUGGGAUCCUUCACAUGUCAAUGUCCGGCCAACACCGUGCCAGACCCUGACCCUUACUCCGCCUGCCUCGAUAUCAUGAAAUGUUCUGAAGACAACGAUUGUCCCGGCAAUGCGCUCUGCCUAAAGAAUCAGUGCAUGUGUCCAGAACCGAAUAUUGGUGACGACUGCCGACAUCCCUGCGAAGAAACACAGUGUGGUCCAAACGCAGAAUGCAAACUAAUAAAUGGCGCUCCGAAAUGUUUGUGCGCAACUGGAUUCGAUGGUUCACCGGCUACGACCCUUGGCUGUUCGGACAUCGAUGAGUGUGCAAAUAAUCCAUGUGGGUAUGGAGCCGCCUGCAGGAAUGUACCAGGGCACUUCACGUGCCAGUGCCCCGCCGGCUUCGAAGGCAACGCUAGGGAGGGCUGCGCUGAGGUCAAAUCUCCAGGUUGUGAUUCCACCAACCCUUGCCCGCGAGCAGAAAUGUGCAUAAGGGACCCACAGCUCAACGAAAAUGUCUGUGUGUGUCAAUCUGGAUUCACAAGAGAUCCGAGCACCGGGCAAUGUCGAGACAUCAAUGAAUGCAUCGAAAACAGCUUCGGUUCUGUUUGCGGAGUGAAUGCGAUUUGCAAAAACUUACCAGGAAUAUACGAGUGCCAAUGUCCUCCGAGCAUGGUCGGCAAUCCCUUCAGCGAGUGUAAACAAUGUGACACGCUGGAAUGCAAAUGCCAGCCUCCGUACCGAAUAAUCGAGGGCAACUGUGUGUUGGCUGACUGCUCCAAAGGUAACAAAUGCCCCGCUGGAGCGGAGUGUGUAACCAUCCAGGGAGGCGUGAGUUACUGUGCCUGCCCCACUGGAUUCAUCAUGCAGGCCGACAACACGUGCAAGGACAUAGACGAGUGCAGUUUGGUGAGUCCCGCUGAAAAGCCGCCAUGUGCAAUCGGGGCCGAAUGCACAAACCGUGUCGGAACAUUCGAGUGCAACUGCCCUCUCGGGACUUCAGGUGAUCCUUAUUUCGGGGGAUGUUCGAUGAACAAGAUUCAGUGCACUAAAGAUUCUGAUUGCGGGACAAAUGAAAAAUGUAUCCAACCAGGAAAAUGUGUCUGCCCUCCUCCUUUCUUCGUUGACAAUCUGGAUCGAAAUCUUUGCAAGAACCCAUGCUCAGCUUUCUCUUGCGGCGUCAACAGUAAAUGCGAGGCUGCUGAUCCUCCCACUUGUAAAUGCCUACCUGGAUUCACGAGCAAAGGGGAAGAUGGAUGUUUCGAUAUUGACGAGUGUGCUAAAAAGCCUUGUGGUUCAGGAGCCAUUUGCGUCAACGAAAUAGGAUCAUUCAAGUGUGAGUGUCCUCCUGGCACUCGAGGGGAUCCUUUCAGCGGCGGCUGCUUCGGGUCCGAAAGAGUUGGUUGUUCAGUACACAGUGAAUGCCCGAGUGACUUGGCUUGUGAAAAUGGUGUUUGUAUUAAUCCCUGCGAUUCUUUACCUUGCGGAUCAAAUGCAUACUGUGAACCAGAGGAGCACGCAGCCUGGUGCAGGUGCCAUCCAGGCUUUAACGAAGUGUUCGGCGAGCCGUCCUUGCAUUGA